AUGCAAUUGCGCAUCCCAGCGUGGGUCAACCACGACGGUGAGCCUCAAUUUCAGAAAAAAAAAGUUUUUUUUUCCGAAUUUUUCCAGGAGGUGCUAUUUAUUCGAUUGAUUGCCAUCCGACCAAUGAUAAAUUUGCGACUUGCGGUCAGGGAGAUGUGAGUUCAACGACUUUUUUUGAAAUUGUCGUCCUCAAAAUGCCAGUCUAAUUUAACGGCUAUGAUAGGUUUUUUUCUAUGUUAAUUAAAUAAUUGGUUUUCCGCGCAAGACGGUUACGUUUAUUGAGCACAGCAGGGAAAAAAUCUAGCUUUUUUACUCUUUUUCCACAAAACUGCAAAAAGACAGCAAAAAAAACGAAGGUCUUGAAGCGAAUUUUGAACAAUUCUGCUCCAAUUUGGUAUAAGAUCUUUUUUUUCAAAACGUGUAUUUUCACCUUGUUCGAAGUAUUCGCGUUUCUUAAACUUUUUUGAAGAUCAAAUAAUCAAAAUUUUAAAUCUAACUGCUGUCAUGUGCUUUUGAUUUCAUUGCGGAAUGAAGAAUUUGAUAGUGAUUUUGGAAGUUUGUCUGUGAAAAACCUCUCAGUUUUCGCCGUUUUCCAGACCGGAGGGGCCGGAGUUGUCAUAGUAUGGAACCUGGCAGCCGUUCUCUCCAACGAUCCCGGGAACCUGCCAAAGUCUCUGUGCACUAUUCGACACAACUGUUAGUUUCUGAGUUUUUUUUGAGAAAAUGACAAUGGUUAUUCGAAUAUUUCUCCAAAAGUGCUUGUUGGAGUGUUUAAAGCCUUAAAUCCGACAAAACCUUAGAAAAAAGAUGUAAAAAAUCUUAUUCUUUGAACUCUGCCUUGUUUCUUUGAAAAGCCCCAAAUAGGUUUUUGAAAAUUAUCUAUUCUCGGGCCUAGUCGAGUAACGGGAAAAACGAGAAGUUGGGUUUAUUGGCACCGAAAUUUGCUCCGAAACAGUGAAAUUUUUGUUUUGGAGCUAGUUUUGUAACGACUCGGAUCCAAACCGGACUAGCCCCGGAGGUUUCUGAGAAUUUCUAGUGGUCCCUUUAGAGGCGGCCGGAGGUUACUAGAUGUUUCUAGUGGUCAUUUUUAAUGACCUUCGGUCGUUUCGUAGCAUUUCUAGUGGUCCCAUUAGUGGCAUCUGGACGUUUCUAAGCAUCCGGAGUGGUCCCUUUAGCGAUGUCAGCACUUUUAAGUGCUCACUAAAUAGCUCAAAAACGUCCGAAUUACAUUAUCGAGGUUCUUUUUGAAAAUGAAAACGCCAUAAUUUUUACUUCCAGCCGGAGUGAACUGUGUUCGAUGGUCGCCGGACGGAAAAAGACUCGCCUGCGCUUCUGAUGACAAUAAUGUCGUUGUAUAUGAAUACGGUAGUAUCUCAGAUAGAAUAGAAAAAGGAAGUUUUCCAUUUUGAGCUGGUCGAGUUCAGUCCGUCGGAUCGAUCACCAGCGCCGGCGGCAGCAAUUCGGAAAGAUACAAGGAGUGCGCCAUACUGAGAGGCCAUACUAUGGAGGUUGAUCGAAAAUUUUAGAAUUUAGUAAAAAACAGAAAAAUAUAGAAAGAAAGAAAUCUUUUUAAUUUCGUGAGUUUCACUUCAAAAAAAAAAAAUUAUUUUUUCGUGCAAUAUUUCGCUGAUAUUAUCCAUUUUUCUUGACUUGAAACGGCUGGCUGUAGUUUACGUGCAAACCGAUUGCGAUGCGUUUUGGCGCCAAUUUAAAAAAAUUAUCAGAUCAGUCAAAAUCUUUCGUGAUAAUUAUCUUCAUUUAUCUCAUAAAAUGCCAAAGAAAAUAAUUUGACAAUCAAUUGACUUUGAGGAUUUCAUUUGAAAAUAUUUCAAUACGAAACCCUCAGCAAAAUCAAAAAAUUAGACAACUUGAACUGGCGCCAAAAAAGCACCUUAAAUGCCUUUUUCAAGCCAAAAAGUAAAUAUGUUGCCCUAACCAUGGUAAGAUUACAAUGAAUUUUAAACUGUGAAAUAAAAAUAAAAUAUUGAAAGUUCGGAAACAUAAAAUUUUGAAGCUUGGAUGGAAAAGGACUUACAAUCGCGCUGUCCAGAAACAUGAAAAUCAAAUCUGGUUGAUGAAUUUACGGAGUCAAAGAUGUCCCCUUCAACGUUUUGUUAUGGUUGAAUUUAUAAAAAUUUAACCAUAGCAAGACAUUUCCGAAUUUAGGGCUUUAAACCUCAUUCCCGUAUCAGUUCUCGAAGAAAGGUUACUCACGAAAAAGCUGGAAGCAUUUUAAUUUCAUCUUCAUUUUGAAAAAAAGAGACGAAUCCCAAUGAUAUGCUUUUUUGGGCAAGACUUGAACAGGAAAGGCUUUAUUCAAAAGAAAAAAAAAGUGAAAUUUGCAGGUUUUAUGCGUGGAGUGGUCACUCGACAGGAAAUACUUGGCCAGUUCAUCAAUUGACAGCCGAAUUUUCAUCUGGAAUGCUUCCAAACUUCAUGGUUUAUCCUCAUUUCCAGAUUCUUUGUAUUUAUUCAAUUUUUUUGAAUCUGAAAAGCAUAUAAUCAAAGUGGAAGACACACCGUGAAUUAAAAUUAGCACUGGCUUAAAAAAAAAUUAGCACUGGCUUAGGAACUCCAGAGCGGUCCCUAUAGGGGGAAGUUUUAAGGGCUCAGGGGUUAGACCCGAACUCCCAUAGGGACUACUUGAAUUUUAACCUCAUAGGGGCAAUUUUUCGCUUCGUGUAGGGGCUCUUUUCCCCCUAGCACUUAAAGGGACCACUCAGGCGUUUCUAAGAACUCUUUAAAAUAAUUCAGAAAAAGAAAAAUUAUUUAAACACUUACCUUAUAUACAGAUAUAAAAAUUCCCAAAAUUUGGCUCGUUUUCCAGAAAAAGUGACAGUUUUGCAACAAGAAGGCGCCGUGAAAGGCAUCUCGUGGGAUCCGAUCGGCAAGUACCUCGCCUCCAUUUCUUCGGACAAAUCCUUGAGACUCUGGAAAACGGAUAAUUGGUUUUGCGAUACGACCAUCCGGAAACCUUUCGAAGAAGUAGAUUUCCCCAUUUUUGACUCCUAAAAUCUGUAAUUUGUUCAGAGUAGCCAAACUACCAUGUUUUCGCGAAUGGACUGGUCUGCGGACGGUCAAUAUCUUUUCGCCCCGACCGCCACUAAUAAUGAAGUUUGUCUUUGAAGUUAUUGAAACACUCGACCUUGAAACACAAUAUUCAAUAUUCAAAAUUUAAAAAAUAAUUUAGAAGCUUCAAAAAAAGUUCUACCCUUUUUUUAUUUUUCAGGAUAGUUUUUGAAUACAUCUAAAUUUUGGAAUUUGUAGAAAUCUGAUGUUUGCUGUGGUUUAGGGAAACAAAAAACUGAAAUUCAACAAAAAAGGUCCAUGAAAAACGAGCUUUUUAAAAGUUGUGAAAAAAAGAAAUUUUUUUACAACUUUUCUCGGCUUUUCUUCUUAUCGAGCUGACGGGUAACUAAGAGCUUCGGAAACACUAUCGCUUAAAUUUUUUUAAAUUUUUUAUCUCAUAUUCUGUGUACCACAUCUUGGAAUUUCACCGAACGACAUUCCGCUAUUUCUCUGCGUGCUCCGUCGCGCCUUUAAUUUUUAAUUUUUUUUUUAAAAACUCGACCAGCACGUGUACUUAGUGGAACAGUCCGUCUAUCAGAAAUGAGAACCAAUUCAAAGCGAGACCGAGACUCGCAAAGACGCUUCGCGACGCAGCGGAACAGCGGAAUGUCGUUCGGUGAAAUUCCGUCUUGGCACACAGACUGUAACAGAGUCUUGGGUUUUGUGCUCGAUAAGAAAUCGCAUUUUUUUUAACAUCGAGUUCUACCUAUUCUUUUUCCAGGGCCCUACAGCUCAAAUUUUCGACCGGCAGACUUGGGAGUAUUCCAGGGAUUUUGUUGGUCAUCGGAAGGUUACAUAUAUUAUUUGUUCAAAACCUGAUUUAAAUAUUUUUCAAGGCAACCACUUGUGUCCGAGUACUACCUAGACUACUUUCCUACACGAAUGUCAAAGGGAAGAUGAAGACGGUCACUUGUCUCGCCAUCGGGUCGAGAGACAAGUCUGUCAGCGUCUGGCUCAUCCCCGGGGUUGGCCAUUUUUAUUUUGAAUACGAAUUUUCUGAUUUGACUGAAGUUUGUGAGAGUUUUUUUCUUGAACGACUUUUCUGAUUUUGAACCAUCCUGAUAGCGUUGGCGAUACCGGCUUCUCAAGGGAACAAUUAAAGAGGCUAAAACCACUUAAGGGAUCACUGCAUGCCUCAGAAUCGUCCAAAAAAGUUGCAGGAAGCUUGAAGCAUCCCCUAUGGUAGAGGAGUCCUAUGAUCUUUUGAAAAGUUCUUAAUGAUCAGAAAAACUUUUAAGCUUAACUAGAAAAAAGAUGUGGCCCUAAGCCCGUUUUUUUGCGACUUGAAACGACUUCUCUGCACCCUCCUUGGCUCUCGACAACGCUCUCAUAUUUAUGUGCUAUUUUCUUAAUUCUCUGACCUUGCUGGUGAGGGAUCAGAUAGACGCAGACACUGAAAAACUUUCAAGCCGACGGGCCAUAGUUUUUUUUCCCCGAAUUGAAACAGUAGGACUUCUCUGCGCUCUCCUGGUCUCUCGGCGACCCUCUCUUCUUGCCGUGCUAUUUUCAUUUUUCUCUAAUAUUGCUGGUGAGGGAACAGAGAGACAGAGACAAUCGAGAAGUGUCGAGAGGCUUUAGUGUUUUUUUUUAAAAAUAGAAUGUGAGAAGUAUCGGCAGAAGUUUCGAAAACGUUCGAAAAUUCAUUUUCAGAUCAUCCGACCAGUCCUGGUCUUCCAUCGACUUUUCAAGCAUUCCGUGAUGGACAUGAGCUGGAAAGGCCUGAACCUGGGCGUCUGCUCUCAAGACGGAUCCGUCGUUUUCAUGUCGUUCAGCGAGAAAAAUCUCGGCGCCGUCUUGUCCAAUGCGGCGAUGGUACAGAAGAUAAUAAAAGAUCAGGAAGGAAUCAGGAAGUUUCAGGCUGAAACUUGCGAAAAGCUGUACCGAACCAGACCGCUUCAGUAUAGAGAUGAGGCGGAGGAAGAUGGAAAUGGAGAAGAUUCGCUCCACGACAGAUCCUUCAACUCUUCUUUCGUGGAGACUCCACAGGACUUGGUCUCCAGCAAAAAGGUCUUUUAUCAAAAAGCAAAAAACGGGAAAAUUCGGCUGAAACUUUUCUAAAAAAAAAGGCUUUGAAAACUUGGAUGGAAUUUAAAGGCAAUUUUGACGAUAAUUUUCAAAAAUCCGGCUAAUUUAAACGCACGAAGUAAAAAGAUGAAAAAUCGGAAAAAUUCGAGUUGAAACUCACAUUUGCGCUACAGAGUUUGUAGGAAUUUCCUUUUUGUUUCAUUGAUUUGAUUCAUAUGCUUUUGAAUUUAAUAAAAAAUCAAAGAACACUCCUUUCAUGGACUUUCCACGAUUUUUAUUUAUUUUUUUCGAUUUCGACUUUUGAAGCCUGGUUGAUUCAGCGCGUUUACCGGAGUUUAGACGAAUCUUUUCAUUUUUACAGAAUUUGGCAGCUUCCAAAAGCGCGGCGACGGCUGUGAAAACGAUCAAUCCGGCGGUCAAAGCGAUCGAAAAGAAGCUCAUGGAUGAGAGGAAACAGCAAGUCGAGGUUUCGGCUCAACAAUAAAUGAAACGUCGUGUAAUGCUGGCUUCCAGCAAGUCAAAGACGGAAAACGACGAAUACAGCCGGUUUUCCUCGGAACGACUAGAGGAGAUGUCGAUGAAGCCGCUCCGAGUGCGCCGGCCAACACUGAAACGUCCGAAAAAUCAAGCUUCUUUCUGAAAAACCUGUUUUUAGGGCACCUCCGAAAGUGGUCAAGACGGCGAUAACUGUUCCAACUGUACCCAAGAGAGUUCCCCUCGAGUCAGUUAUUUUCUUCUCAAUCAUUGGAAUAUAAAAAUGGGAAAAAAGUUAGUCAAGUUUGAAGUCGGGACCAUUUUUUUCACCGGAAAUUGAUUUAUCCUUCAGUUUUAUUAUUAUUUUCAUUCCAGAAAAGCCGAAGGAACCACGGCAAAACGGAAAAAAGUGGAAAGCGAAGACAGCACGGAGGAAAGCUCGGAAAGCAGCGAUUCCGACGAUUCGGAAGCGACGACGGCGACCAGAAACGCGCCGAGCACUUCUGCGCCACAGAUCAUCACCAGCACCAUGUUCAAGGUGUUCAGAACCUUCGAGAAGACGGAAAACCGAAGAAAAACGUUUACAGAAGCCCCAAAUGCGCCCUGUCGAAACGACACGAGUUCAAGUCAUCGAAGGAGCAACCGUCUUGGAUCCGCCCGAGCAGAAGACGUCGUUCGUCGAGCCGCUACCUCACGAUGUCGGUUUCAAAAGUAUUCUAUAACUUAGGGAUUUUCGUGAUCCUUUCUAGUGAAACAUGGAAAAUAUCAUGAAAGUCCAUGAAUAAUACUUCAGAAGCUGAGUCGUUUGAUAGACGUCAACAACAAGUGGAGAUGCGCCGGCGUCGAAGCGACCCGAGUGAGUCUGAAACGAGCACAGUCCGACGAGUCCGCCGAAGACACGGUCGAGUGGGCGGUGGUUGUUGCGUCGCCGGUGUUGAUCGUCGCCGCCAACAAGUAACUGGACCCGCAACGUCUUCUGAUGACUCCCGAUCUUCUUUUAGACUCUGGUGCGUCCUCGGCUGCGGCGACCGAUGUCUCCGCAUCUUCUGCACGCAGACGAGCUCUUCCCGGUGUUGUCUGCAGUUGGACUCGUUGCCUGUUCGGAUCGGGCUGAAUGAACAUUGUGUUUUCGUCCUGACACAAAUGGGCAAGCUCAGUACUUGGUGAGCUUGGAAAUCGGGGCUUUUGGCCUUUUGUUUCACGUUGUACUGGAAGUGUCUCUAAAUCCGGAGACAAUUGUUUAGAAAAUAAACGGUUUCCAGAAUCGAGGUUGAAAAACCAUCAUCAACUUAUUUUAUCUUUAAGGUAUAGUCAAUUUUUCCAGACUUGAAAGGCGAGGGAGGCGGGGCAGGGGGCGGGACGCGUAGCGUGUGCGUACGCGGUUCUUGGCCCGAGUUCAAUUCAACCGCCAGCGUGCAUUCAGAGAGCUUAUUUAUCGCUCUUUUCACUCCUUAUUAUACUAUUUAUUGAUUAUUUUCAUUUUUGCAUCAAAAAACAGUAGAAUAGAUACAAAAAGAGCGGUUAUCGAGCUUUUUAAAUAGUCGGAGGUGAUUGAAUUGAAGUGGCGCCAAGAACCGCGUACGCACACGCUGCGCGUCCCGCCCUCUGCCCCGCCUCCCUCGCCUCUCAAGUCGAGAAACAUUGACUAUAGUAGUCACGAUUUUUUUUUUCUCAGCUUCAUCAUACCUCAUUUCACCUGCCUUACCUUCAUUACCUCAAUAACCCUCUUUUUUCAAGGAACCUCCAAGAAAUGUGCGCGGUCGUGACGAAACAGGCGAUUUUCGAGUGUGUCACUUCUGGAAGUGUUGGUAGGGCUUUCAUUUGAUGAAGUUCAAGUUUAAUUUUUUUUUUUUCUCAGACGCGAAUGUCAACUCUCUUGCGAUAAGUGAACGUGGAAUUCCAUUGAUCUCGUUUUCCUCCGGCUCCACCUACACCUUCUCCACUAAGCUUCAGUGCUGGUAAGCAGCAAAAUUCUUGUCCCAGGGUUCCUAAAAGUCAGCUCAAAAUGUUUGAUCGAGAAAUUUUCAUUGGACAAAAUUAUAAUUGUUGUAAAGUAGCACGUACCUCAGUAACACAGCCCGGAGGAGCAUAUUAGUGGCGAUUCAGCGGCUUCAGAACCUUUAAGUGGUUACUUAAAAUGCUCAGAAACGUUCGGGGCUCCCCGGUUUACGUUAUGGAGAACCGAGAGACUAAAAAAGACCAAAUUCAUAUUUCGUAGACAUUGUCUUUGGAGCAAAUUUUCAUGAGAAUGCUAAUAAUAUUUCAAAACUCAUUUAUCUGAGUCAUUCUUCAUGUGGCCUAUAAGUCCAUUGAAAAGGCUGGAAUCCCUGAAAAAGAAGGUCAUUUCACUUGACAGUUUAGGUUCUUCUUCCUUAAAAAUAUUCCUGAUUUUUCUAUGACCUUAAAACUCAUAUCUUGAUUAUUUGUUCGUUAAUGAAGCAUAGUUUGAAGGUAUUUUCAUCAGCAAAUCGAAUUUUUAAAAUUGGAAAGCUGAACUUUUUUUAUCAUAAAUUUGCUCCUUUUUGAAGAUGCUGUGCUAAAAUUUUCAUCAAAAACGUUCUCAUUAUUCCUCAUUUUUAUCCCUAUCCUUGAACAAUCUUAUUCUUGAGGCAAUUGGUUGAAUGUCGGUCGCAACUUUCGCGGCUUCACGAGGCUGACGCAGAAAGUCAACUCGGCGACGGACAGAUGAGUCGGGUCUUGAAACGAAUGCCCAAGUAGGAACUGUCCAGAAUCUUCUUCAAUUCGAAUUAUUUUCGUUAAGACCCACAAUUUUGGCCAAUGUUCCCCCGACGAUUUCCAAAGUGAUCAACGAAACUCGGCUGGAACAAUUGCUCCAAAGCGCUGAGGUCGGUUUUUUCUGAAAAUUUUUUUAACUCUUGAUUUUUAAGUUCAAGAAAAGAAACCUUAUUCGUUUCACUCCAAAGAGCAGUAGAAAAUUUAAAUUUUGUUCAUUUCUUUGUUCAAUUUGAAAACAAUUGAGAUUUCAAACGCUUAUUUCAGCUUGAUUUACUCAAAGAAUGCAUUUUCAGGCGUUCCAAAGCUCGAAAGACUUUAAGAGUACCCUACUCGUCUACGUGGAGCAGCUAUUAACAAACGGUAAAGCUUCGAAAAAGGACAAUUCGAAAGAUUUCCGAGCGAUUGCAGGUGGCGCCGCCAAACUACAGUAUAUUCUGAAUUGGCUGGAAGGCCCGGCGAACAUUUGCGGACUGAAACGGGGUGCGUUGCGCGCCGACGUCGUCAGUCUGAUCGAAUCCCGCAGACCAGAUAUCCUUCCCAAUUCCCUGGAAACGGGUGCGAAACGGUCUCUUAUUUGA